GUGAGCUUGCUUCUCAGUUUGAUUUCGCUUAUUGAAGCGAAAUCAUUGAAGGUUAUGAUUUUGGAGUGUGAAUUAGAGCAUGGCUGAUGGGUGGAGCUCUCUGCUGGAUUCCAGAUGUGCAGACUGGAUGUCUCAGCUUCCUCCUCAGCUUCACGAUGUUCCUCUGUGGGAUCUGGCGAUACCCGGCAGUCACGAUACCAUGACAUACUGUCUGGACCAGCACAGUGCAGUCCUGCCUUCACAGCCCAGGAUACUGACCGUGCUGGACCACAUCAUACCCUGUGUCAUCCGGCCGUGUAUAAAGAAGUGGGCCACCACUCAGGAGCUGUCGAUUUCCAGUCAGCUGGAUUCAGGAAUUCGAUUUCUCGAUCUAAGGAUUGCCCACAAGAAGGAAGAUUCAAGCUGGGUGUUUUACUUUGCACAUGGAAUAUACUCUCUACUUACUGUAAAGGAGGCGCUCACUGAUGUUGCGCACUGGUUAGAGCAUCACACUAACGAAGUCGUGAUCAUCUCACUCUCUGCUUUUAAUGAUGUGAACCCUGUGCAGCACUACAACCUCAUUGACUUUUUGAUACAACUCUUUGGCAAAAAACUCUGCCCCAAAUCAGAAACUCCUUCUCUGAACGCAUGCUGGACUCACGGUUAUCAGGUGAUUCUCUCCUACGCUGAUCCGUCUGGGUCCAAGCAUGAGGAACUUUGGCCAGCGUGGGAUUACUGGUGGGCCAAUGAGUCCGACCCGAACCUGGUCAUUUCGUAUCUGGAGCAUAACAAGGAGACCGGAAGACCAGCUGGUUUCUUUAUGGCCGGUAUAAACCUCACUGAAGACACCAGGUACGUCCUGUCGCAUCUCACACAGUCCAUGAAGAGCAUGACGCUCCAGUCCUACACCGUGCUAAUGGACUGGGUCAAAAAGCAGCACCCCGGCUCCCGGAAAACAUCAGUCAAUAUCAUCUGUGCAGACUUUGUCGGGAUUCUGAGAAACGAAUUCUGUGAAAUUGUUAUUGGACUCAAUAUAGAUCCGAAAAGAUGACCAAAGAGAGAAAAAUGUUACACUUUCGCAUAAAGACUUGGACUUUGUGUACAGCAUAUUUUUAAUAGAAGUUUGUACAGUUGAUGAUUCACAAAAUAAAUGAUUUGUAUGUCUAUAGAUUGAGAUUUGUAUAUAUCUCUUAUAACACCGCCUGAAGCAUUCAGUGCAAUGCAGUGAAGUUAAAUGGUGCCACCUUGAGGUGAAGUGUAAAGCAUUUUCCCACCUCUAUUCCAUCCAUUUUAAAGAGUUCCAUGCUAUUAUUAAGCUGCUAUUAUUGCUAUUAUGCUAUUAUUUUAUGCUAUUAUUAAGUGAGGCAAAGUUUCGAUUUGACCCAACAAAAACUAGGUUGCACAGAUAUGGAUUAAACCUCCUUAUUGUAACUGUUCUAAAAUCAUAAUUGAUGAUUGUUAAUUAUAGUUUGCUUUGUUUAUCAUGGACCACAGUCGAACGCACAUUCCUCUACACAUAUAAGUUAUAUUGUUAUAAAUCUAUCAAAUUUAAGACACUGCAUUCAACAACUCAAACCAGAUCUGGAGACCAAGAGGGCCAUGGUAAAACAUUUCAAGCUGGUUUUCUAUUGAUUAGUGAAGAAAUCCCUUCUAUUUGGGAUUGUUGCCUAGUUUCAUGAGAAAAAUCUUCUUGGAUUUUUGCUUUUGGUAAGUAAAUUGCAAAUUAGCAGCAUUUUUCAUUUUUCAAGCACCAUCCAAAAAGCCAUAAAUUAUAAAUGACAUCUACAGUUUAAUUAUGAU